UUGCACCUAUUAAGGAUAUUUAUUUGUAAAAUGGACUUCAGUUACUCAUAAAGGAAGGAACAAUCCAAUACUACCAAACAGCACUCACUUGAGUUUUUGAACAGUUUUUCAAAAUGAAAACAACUAACAAAGCAGAAGGAUUUUUACACGGCACCAUCUUCUAUUGUCGAUUGAUGGGCUUUGAAUUUGAAAAUAAGAACAUCAGGAUGAAAGUAUUAUUCCGAUUGGGUUUCCUCAACGAAUUAUUUAUAAUGCUUGGUCUAUGUUUAUACUUUGGUUCCUUUGAACUUGGCCUCCAUGAGAAAAUUUAUAUGUUACUUUAUUUAAAUUAUUAUAUUGUGUCAGUUGCAAAAGUAAUAUCAUUAAUCUACCAUCGAGAGACUAUUCUUCAAGCUUUUAAUGAAUUUCGUGAAACACAUCCUGCAGAAACAUUAGAAAAAGCCUACAAUCUUCAGACUUACACAAAGAAAUACAAAAUAAUUGAAAAUGUUCUUGUGAUAUUUUUCUGGAAUUUAAUAUUUGUAUUUUGUGUUCAACCGAUACUUUUAUCGUUUAUUGAUUUGGUGAAAGAUGGAAAAUUCACAUUUAAUUUAACUUGGAUGGUGUGGUAUGGAAUCGAAAUACCAAAAGAAAAUAUUCCAAUCUACUUGCUCAUUUCAUUGAUACAAUUAACUAUGAGAUUCGAUGUUAUACGAAAAAAUAUAAUGCUUAUUGAACCUGAUAACACAAACGAAGGUGCAAGGAAAUUGAUUAAGGAAAUCGGUGCUCAUCAAAGAUUUAUCAGUCUUGCUAAGAAGUUGAACACAGUGUUUAUACCUUCAGUAUUAUUAAGUCUUUUUUCGUCCUCUUUGAUCCUUUGUUUUACUGGAUUUCAAUUACUUGGAGAAAUUACAUUUUUAAUAGUUAUUCAAGCAAUAUUUCUCCUAGCUUAUGAACUAAAACAAGUUUUUAUCAUGUGUUAUUUGGGAGAUAAAAUGAUUGAAAUUAGCUUAAAAAUCAGUGAUGCAAUUUACGAACACAAAUGGUAUAAUGGCACAUCAAAAUAUAAGCGACUUGUUUUGAUUGUGUUAAUGCGUUCACAGCACAUGGUGGGUCUUCAUGUUGUUGGUAUUUCAGAAAUAUCACUUCAAACAUUUAAAACGGUUAUGAGUGCUUCUUAUCAAAUUUUUACUGUUCUUAGAAGUACAUAA